CAGGAGGAUGAGCAGCUGCGGGAGCUGGUGGCUGUGCACGGCACCAAGGCCUGGGCCAAGAUUGCGUCGCUCAUCCGCACCAAGGGCUCCAAGCAGUGCCGCCGCCGCUGGAAGAACUUCCUCAACAUGAGCGCCAAGACGUGCAGCUGGAGCCCCGAGGAGGAUGCGACGCUGAUUGACGCGCACCGCCGCCUGGGCAACCGCUGGACGGAGAUCAGCAAGAUCUUCGGGGACAGGACGGACAAUGCGGUGAAGAACCGGUGGCAUGCGCUGAUCCGCAAG